CGUCUGGCUGCGGGGCGGGAGCGGCAGCGGCAGCGGCACCGGGACGCACCGGGGCGAGACGGGCACCGGCAGCGGCACGGGAGCGCAGCCCGGCUCGGGACCGGGCGGGGCGGGGGAACCGGCCGGCUCCAAACCCGCCCCCCGGCGCGGGAGGAGGCGGUGGCCGAGCCCCCCCGCCGCGCUCCAGCCGAGCCAGACCCGCGCCAGCCCCGAGCCGCUCGCCCAUGGCGACCCCCGGCCCCACGCGUGCCCCGGCCCCGGCACGGAGCCGCCGCUGAGCGCUGCGCACCGGCACCGGCCCGGCGUCCAGUUUGUAGAGACAUGUUCAACGGAAGCCGGGAAUUCAGCCCCUUGCCUUCCUCGCCGUCUUCCUCACGGGAUUCAUCCUCCUCCUCCUCCUCUUCUUCCUCCUCCUCCUCCUCCUCCUCCUCCUCGCUGCCGGCGGCUCCGCGGAGAUCCCCACGGGCCCUGCAACACCACGGCUCUCUGCUGGCCCAGUACAGCGCCUUGCUGGAGAGCUACACGGAGGGCGAGAUCCGCCAGCUGAUCUCGGCGCUGGUGGAGCGCUACCGCCAGGCCAUGAACUCGGGCGGGCACGAGCUGCCGCUCUUCCCUCGCGCCGGCAGCCGCCGCAAACGCGCCCGCGCCCGCCACAAACCCUGCGAGCUGCGCGAGCUGGAGGUCAGCGUCAGCGAGCUGGGCCUGGGCUACGAGUCGGACGAGACCGUUCUGUUCCGCUACUGCAGCGGCACCUGCGAGGCCGCCGUGCGCAGCUACGACCUCUCCCUCAAGAGCAUGAGGAGCCGCAGAAAGAUCCGGAAGGAGAAGAUCCGGGCGCGGCCGUGCUGCAGGCCGCUGGCCUACGACGACGACGUGUCCUUCCUGGACGCCUACAACCGCUACUACACCGUCAACGAGCUGUCGGCCAAGGAGUGCGGCUGCGUGUGACGGGGCCACCCGGGCAGAGGGGCCGGGAUGGAGGCUGGAGCGGCCGGAGGAGGAGAGACUGAGCCGCUGGCGUGUCCCUCGGCGUCACCGUCCCGCCGGCCGCGCAGGACUAGAGACGUGGCCACCGCCGUGGCGGAGGCGGUUGGAGCGGUGACGGCGGCUUGAGGCUGUUGUCCCCUCUGCGGGUGGCCCAGCGGUCCCUGCUGAGGGGACAGUGGGUGUGCAGCGUGCACGGGGCGUGUCCAGCGCUCGGCGGGCACGGGCUGCACUGCGUGUCACGUGUGUCACG